GUACUAGUUGCUUUUUACAUGAUUGUAUCACUAAAGUAAUUCAUCAAGUUCUAUAAGUCCCAGAAUUUUUACACUCGCUGUACUAUAUUUUCAAAACUUCAGUUAUUGUUUAUGCAUGAAAAAAUGAAAUUGAUAUUCAGCUUUAUUAUUCUUAUGGUAGUAGGUAAUCAUUUUGUUCUAUCAAUGAACUUAUCCUUUGAAAGUAAUUCGUAUCCAAACUGGAAUUCUAUGAAAAAUGAACCUAUUGGAAAUGGAAAUAAUUGUAAUACAUUGGGUAAUAUAAUCAAAUAUCAAAAACAAGAUUAUUAUAAUAAAAAUUACAGAACAGCAAUAAUACAAAGGUCGUGUAAGUAUUUAUUUAUAAUUACAUACUUUGGUGGAUUUUUAAUAUACAAACUUAGAGCCAACGAAGUAAUAAAGAAAGUGAUUCAAAUCAUACAGAAAAUUGAUUCGUUUUUUAAUAAUUUUGAUAUUGAAAUACCAAUGCUUAAAUGGAUUAAUACAACCGCAAAAUCAUUAGCAAACAAUAAAAUGCAAUUUUAUACAGGGUUAAAUACUAUAGCUAAUUGUGCUAUUAACCAGCUGUAUCCUGAUAAUAUUGAUGGACAAAACAAAACAUUUAGCGAAUUAUCUAGUAAAUAUUUAACUUCUGAUUUAUCUGUACUUUCUCCAGAAGUCAAAAACAAUAUAAUGUCGUUUCAAGUAGUUAAUUUAAAAAUAGAAGACGCAAUGGAUGAAUUUAAUAAAAUGAUUUUUAAUGCUAAAUUAGAAUUUACAAUACCAGAGAAUGCUUAAAAAAUACUUUAUAUUUAUAUAUGGAAAUAUUGAUUUGUAAAUGAUAUAAUUACAUGUAAUAAAUGUUUUCACAUAUAAUUUAUACAACUGUUGUAUUUUAAUUUUUAGUAAAUUGAUAAAAAAUACAUUUCCAACGAGUUUGUGAUAAAAAAUAA